UAAUAUAUAAAUAUAACAUAUAUAAUAUAUAUUCAUAAUGAAAAUUAUUACACAUUAUAAUACAUUAUUGUGUUCUAAUUUAUGUUAUAAAUAUUAUUGCAAUAAAUUUUCUACUCAGUUAUCAGAUUUUCCAAAAACCUUUAAUUGUAAAAGAAUAGAACAUGAAUGGUAUUACAUUUGGGAGAAAAAUAAUUAUUUUACUCUUAGAAAUAAUAAGAAUGUAGCAUUGAAAAUGCUUCUACCUCCUCCUAAUAUAACAGGAACAUUGCAUUUGGGACAUGCAUUAACUGUUACAAUUCAAGAUAUAUUAGCAAGAUGGUAUAGGAUGAAAGGACAUUCUGUAAUGUGGAUACCAGGUUUUGAUCAUGCUGGAAUUGGUACACAAAUGAUGGUAGAAAAAUAUCUUUUUAAAACCAAAGGUAUUAAUAAAUCAGAUAUAGGAAAAAAUAAAUUUCUUUCAUAUAUUUGGCAAUGGAAAAAUGAAAAGGAAAAUAUUAUAAAAUCUCAAUUAAAAGCUUUAGGUGCUAGUUUGGAUUGGUCUAGAGAAUAUUUUACAAUGAGUAAGAAACAUAAUGAUGCUGUGAUAGAAGCGAUUGUUACAUUAAAUAAUCGAAAUUUAUUAUAUAGGAAAAAAGAUUUGAUUAAUUGGUCUCCUACUUUACAUAGUACAAUAUCAGAUAUUGAAGUUGAAAAUUUAUAUGUUACUAAAAAAACACAGCUUCAAAUUCCAGGAUAUGAAAAAAUGAUUACAUUUGGUGAAAUAGUACAUAUAGCUUAUCCUGUGAAAGAUUCAAAACAUGAGAUAGUAGUGGCAACUACUAGACCAGAAACUCUUUUUGGAGAUGUAGCAAUUGCUGUUCAUCCAGAUGAUGAAAGAUAUGCAAAGUAUAUUGGUCAACAAGUCUGGCAUACUUUAAGACAAACAUAUAUACCUAUUAUUUCUGAUUAUUUAAUUGAUAAACAACUUGGAACAGGUGCAAUGAAAGUAACACCUGCACAUGAUCCUUUAGAUUAUAUGAUUGCAAUGAAUCAUCAAUUAGAAAUUAUUGAAGUUAUUGAUGAAUAUGGAAAUAUAACAAAAGCAGGCAAACAAUUUGAAGGUUUGCCGAGAUUUAUUGUUCGAGAAAAAGUUUUAAAUGAAUUAUCAAAUAAAGGUAUUUUAAAAAGUAUUAGUGAUCAUAAGAUGUGUAUACCAUUGUGUUCGAGAACUCACGAUGUUGUAGAAUAUCUACUCAAAGAACAAUGGUUUAUUAAAUGUAAAGAUAUGGCUCAAAAAGCUAUAGAAGCAGUAAAACAAAGUCAUUUAAAAAUAAUACCUAAUACUCAAGAAAUAUUGUGGAAUAAUUAUCUUAAUGAUAUCAGAGAUUGGUGUAUUUCAAGACAAAUAUGGUGGGGACAUCCUAUUCCCGCAUAUUAUUUUACAAUAGAAGAUAAAACUGAGUGGAUAAUUGCUCGCACUGAAGAUGAUGCAAAAAUUAUUGUACAAAAUAAAUAUGGAUCAAAUAUUAAAUUAUAUAAAGAUGAAGAUGUAUUAGAUACAUGGUUUUCUUCUGCAAUACUUCCUUUUGCUAUAAUGGGAUGGCCAGAAAAGACUGAAGAUUUAAAAAAAUAUUAUCCUUUAACAUUAAUGGAAACAGGACGAGAUAUUCUUUUUUUUUGGGUUGCUAGAAUGGUAAUGCUAGGAUUGGAAUUAACUAAUUGUCUACCUUUUAAUGAAGUUUUAUUGCAUGGUCUUUUAUGUGAUGCUUAUGGAAAGAAAAUGUCUAAAACACUUGGAAAUAUUGUUUCUCCAGAAAAUAUCAUCAAUGGUAUUAGUUUAAAUGAUCUUAUUGCACAAAUGAAAAAAAGUUACAAUAUAGGUAUUCUUAAUGAAGGUACAUUGAAACGGAUGUUAAAUGCAAAUAAUAAACUAUUUCCUAAUGGCAUACCAGAAUGUGGUGCAGAUGCAUUGCGUAUGACAUUAUCUAGUCACAAUAUUAAAAAUCAACACAUCAACUUUGAUAUUAUGGAAUGUCAAACAAACAAAUAUUUUUUAAAUAAAAUUUGGCAGGCAAGCAAAUACAUCUUACUUAUGACAAAUGAAAAAAUAUAUCAAAAACCUAUAAAUAUAACAAUUAUUGAUCAAUGGAUUUUAAGUAGAUUAUCUCUAAUGAUUAAUACAAUCAAUAAUGCAUUUAUAGAACGAGAUUUCCAUAAAGCUAUUGCGUCAAUGAAGCAAUUUUUACAUUAUGAAUUUUGUGAUUUUUAUUUGGAAGGAAGUAAAUGGGGAUUUAAAAGUGAAAAUAUAAAUACACAUAUAAGUCACACAUAUGUCUUAAGAAAGUGUUUAGAAGUAUUUUUACGUGCAUCUGCACCUAUAAUACCAUAUCUGUGCGAUGAUUUGUAUAAAAGACUGUCAAAUAUAUUUCCGGAAUUUUUAUCAGUUCCGUCAUUAAUGGAAGCACAUUAUCCAAUACCAGAAGAGUUUAAUGAAUGGAGAAAUGUUCCUCUAGAUGAAAAAAUAAAUGAAAUCUUAAGAGUUAUAUUAGAAAUUAGAAGUAUCAUGGGUAAUAUUAAUAAGAAAUUAAAUCCAGAAAUUCACAUUGUAAUUAGUAAAUCUGAUGAUUUUCAUUUUUAUAAUAAUGUCAUCAAUUUAAUUAAAGGUGGAUGCAAAAUAUUCAAUAUUUUUAUAUUUUUAGAAAAGAAUUAUAUAAAACAUAAAAAUAGCGUUUGUCAUUCUUAUAAUCCUACUUGUACAAUAUCUAUUGUUAUAAAGGAUUUUUCUAUUUUAAAAGAACUUGAAAAGAAAAUUUUAGAUAAAACAAUUACACAAAAUAAUUAA